GUCGGGAUUCUGGCGUUCGUGGCGAGAUACAUAGUCCGACUCCGUGUGCUGUCAUGGCGACAUCUACACGGCGACGACUGGUUCGGCAUCGCAGUUCUUGUCUUCUUCGCCGCAUUGACGGGCUGCAAACUUGGCACCUACCAUUUCGGAGCGAAUAAAGACUUCACCGAAAGGGAGUUGCUCAAAUUAAGCGAAUGUCAGCUCGCGCGCGUGGAGCUCGGGAGUAAACUCCAAAUUGCCGCCUGGUACUUCUAUGCCUCCUUUCUCUGGGGGCUCAAAGCAAUGGUCCUCUUCCUCUUCUCUCGCCUUUCCCUCCCAUCCCUCCAACGCCGCCUCCUACAUGUCUACUCCGUCAUCGCCGCCGUGACAUGGCUCGUCGUCAUCCUCACCAUCUCCCUCAGCUGUCGGCCAUUUUCACGCAAUUGGGGAACUGUUCCUUUUCCACCGCAUUCAUGCAGCAACCGGACCCAGAACUUCUACACGGCCAGCGUGCUGAAUAUCGUCACCGACGCGCUGAUAUUAUCAAUUGCCCUGCCUUUAAUAUGGAACCUCCGCGUCCCAUUCGCGAGGAAAGUCGCACUAAUUCUCCUCCUCUGCUCGGGCAUCUUUGUCAUCUCCGCGGCGAUCGUGGCGCUGUUAAUGUCCCUGCUCGACGUGGCAAGCACGCUCAACACAAAUCUUUGGGCUACGAGGGAAGAGAUAGCAGGGAUCCUCGCCGUCAACGCUCCGAUUUUGAAGCCGGUCUUCCACCGCUCUUUUUGGCACCGA